AUGGGGGCCAUGAUGGUGUCUUCCGGGACCGUUUGCGAGGGACGUCGUGGGAAACAAUUCAAGUCAUGGGUGGCCAUUCAUAGCGGGCCCGGAAAUCGAGCACUGACGGUGGGAUCGCAGUGUGAUGCAGGCUUGGGUGUGAAAGGCCUGGACCGGACGGGCGGGGCUGUGCGCGCCCUGCCCCUGUCCCGGGCCAGACCCGGGCCUGUUAAGAAUCAGGCCGCGCCGCGCUCCGGGGCCUGCGGGGCGGGCUCAAGGCUGCGGGGCCGCCCAGGGCUAAGCUGCGCCAGAGCCGAGAGCGGGACGAGGCGCCUCGGAGCUGCCGAGGGAGAACCGCGACCCGGCCCAGCCCAGCCCGGCGCAGGGGCAGCGCCCCGCGGAUUCCGGCUGGCUGCGCGCUCGCUCGGGCCGGCGGCCGGCGAUGGCCGGGCCUCGGCGCCGCCCGGGGGUGUGAGCGGCCCGUCCGCCAUGGCCGAGCCGGCCGAGGAGAGGCACUGCUGGGUCUGCUUCGCCACAGAGCGUGAGGACCGGGCCGCCGAGUGGGUCUGCCCCUGCCGCUGCAAAGGCUCCACCAAAUGGAUCCACCAGGCCUGCCUGCAGCGCUGGCUGGACGAGAAGCAGAAGGGCAACAGCACGGGCAGCGUGAGCUGCCCGCAGUGUGGCACUGAGUACCGCAUCGUUUUCCCCAAGCUGGGGCCCCUGGUGUAUUUCCUCCACCAGGUGGACCAGAUCCUGUCCAGAGCCAGCCCCUUCGCCAUGGCCGGCAUCGUGGUGGGGACGGUGUACUGGUCGGCUGUCACCUAUGGGGCCGUCACGGUGAUGCAGGUGGUCGGCCAUAAGAAGGGGCUGGAUGUGAUGGAGCGGGCAGACCCCCUCUUCCUGCUCAUGGGGCUGCCCACCAUCCCCGUCAUGCUGGUGCUGGGCAGGCUGAUCCGCUGGGAGGACUACGUGCUGCGUGUCUGGCGGAAGUACUCCAGCAAGCUGCAGGCCCUGCAGGCCCUGGUGCCAGGGAUUGGGCGCCCAGUGCCCCCGGGGCCGCUGGCCGAGUCCCGCCCCCAGAGCGACCACCCGUCCCUCUCACGAACGCUGUGCGGGGCCCUGGUGUUCCCCACUGUCGCCAGCCUGGUGGGCAGGCUCCUCUUCCGGCGGGUGGACUCCAGCCUGCAGCGCACCAUCCUGGGCGGCAUCACCUUUGUGGCCAUCAAGGGGGUGCUCAAAGUCUACUUCAGACAGCAGCAGUACCUGCUCCAGGCCAACCGGCGCAUCCUUGACUACCUGGAGCCGGGCCCCGCGCCCCCGGACGAGGACAGCAGCACCGAGGGCAACCUCAGCUAGGCCUGGAGCUUGGCCCCUGCCCACAGCUCCUUGGCCCGUCGGGCUGUGCCCUGCCCUGGGUCCCCCCGCGGGAGGCUGUCUCCUGGCCCUGCCCCCUUUAUAAAUAGCCACUGGAAAUACAAACCUUGUUUGAACGGCG